AAAAAUGGGCCGGGGGUUUCUUCAGUUUAUCUUCUUCUCCGCCCAUCAAACUGCUGCUACUCCUCCCCCCUCUAUCUUCAACUCUCACACUCCCCACUGCCUUCUCUCUCUCCCUAAAACCCUACACGCUUAUCUCGUUCUCUCGCUCUAACACCCGUCUCUGUGCUUCCUAUGUCUCUAUCUACGCUCUCACUCCCACUCACGGGUCCAGAAUCUCCACCGCUUGCAGCACAGAGAGGUAGAGAGACACAUAUUCGGAUAAUGAAGCCAUCGGUUCUUCUCACAACCACUCCUUCCUCUCCUCAUCCCAAGACCCUCUUCUUCACCCCAUUUCUAUCCUCAACCACCGCUCUCCGGCGCUCCUCGACCCAUCUCCGCCGCGACCGCUGCAAAAUCUCCAGAAUCCGUUCUUCAGGGGAACCCUCUUCCCCCGCCGUCAAGCCGGAUGUUUUUGGAGAGAAAAGGGAGCUCAUGGGUUUGCAGUCCCUGGUUGACGCUAUGUCUCCGCCCAUCCGAAUCGCUAGUUCUGUUCUUAUCGUUGCUGCUGCGGUGGGUGCUGGAUAUGGACUCGGGUCCCGGUUUGGUGGGUCCCGCAAUGCUGGCUUAGGUGGGGCUGUGAUCGUUGGCGCUGCUGGCGCGGGGGCUGCCUAUGCGCUGAAUGCUUGCGUGCCGGAAGUCGCGGCUGCUAAUUUGCACAAUUAUGUGGUGGGUUGUGAUGAUCCUGGGGCUAUAAAGAAGGAAGAUAUUGAAGCCAUUGCAAACAAAUAUGGUGUUAGCAAACAGAAUGAGGCAUUUAAUGCAGAGCUUUGUGAUAUUUAUUGCCGAUUUGUAUCUGCUGUUCUUCCUCCUGAAAGUGAAGAUCUCAAAGGUGAUGAAGUUGAGACCAUCAUUAAAUUCAAAAGCUCAUUGGGCAUUGAUGACCCAGAUGCUGCAGCCAUGCACAUGGAGAUUGGUAGGCGAAUUUUCAGGCAAAGACUUGAAACUGGGGAUCGUGAUGCUGAUAUGGCACAACGUCGGGCAUUUCAGAAACUGAUAUACGUCUCAAACCUUGUUUUUGGAGAAGCGUCUGGUUUCUUGUUGCCUUGGAAACGUGUGUUCAAGGUCACUGAUGCUCAGGUAGAGGUUGCUGUCCGGGACAAUGCCCAGAGGUUAUAUUCCUACAAGCUUGACUCAAUUUCCCAAGAUGUUGAUGUGACUCAGCUGAUCAGCCUUAGAGAAGCCCAACUUCUAUAUCGACUUUCUGAUGAGCUUGCUGAAAAUAUGUUUAGGGACCAUACAAGAAAGCUUGUGGAGCAAAAUAUAUCGGCAGCUCUCAGUGUAUUGAAGUCCAGAAGUAGAUCAGCCAGGCAACCUGUGCUUGAGGAGCUUGAUAAGAUACUGGCUUUUAAUAAUCUGCUAAUCUCACUAAAAAACCAUCCUGAUGCGAGUCGUUUUGCUCGGGGGGUUGGGCCUGUAUCCUUAAUAGGUGGAGAGUAUGAUGGUGAUAGAAAGAUGGAUGAUUUGAAGCUUUUAUACAGAGCCUAUAUAACGGAUGCUCUGUCGGGGGGUCGAAUGGAAGAAAACAAGCUUGCUGCACUGAAUCAAUUGAGGAAUAUAUUUGGUUUAGGGAGACGAGAAGCUGAGUCCAUUGCACUGGAAGUCACCUCUCAAGUCUAUCGUAGACGUCUUCAGCAGGCUGUAUCUAAGGGUGAAUUGAUGAAUGCUGAAAGUAAAGCAGCCUAUCUUCAAAAUCUAUGCGAAGAGCUGCACUUUGAUCCAGAGAAGGCCAUACAGAUUCAUGAAGAAAUUUACCGGAGGAAACUUCAGCAACUAGUGGCCGAUAAAGGUGAACUCAGUGAUGAGGAUGUCAAAACAUUGGAACAGAUACAGAUCAUGUUCUGCAUUCCAAAGCAAACUGUUGAAGCAGCCCAUGCAGAUAUCUGUGGCCGUGUGUUUGAGAAGGUUGUCAAGGAAGCAGUUGAAGCAGGUGUAAAUGGGUAUGAUGCAGAGAUUAAGAAGUCUGUCCGAAAGGCUGCAUUUGGUUUGCGCUUGACCAGGGAGGUUGCAAUGUCUAUUGCUAGUAAAGCAGUCCGUAGGAUUUUUAUCAGCUAUAUUCAACGUGCAAGAGCAGCUGGUAGCCGUACCGAAUCUGCGAAAGAACUCAAAAAGAUGAUAGCUUUCAAUAGCUUGGUUGUCACUGAAUUAGUUGCAGAUAUCAAAGGUGAAUCUGCUGAUACUCCUCCCACUGAAGAGCAAACCACAAAGGAAGAACAGAAAGCAGAGGAUGAUGAGGAAUGGGAAUCCUUGCAGUCACUCCGUAAAGCUCGACCGAGCAAGGACAUUAGUGGAAAACCGAGCCAGAAGGAGAUAAAUCUUAGAGAUGACCUUCCAGACAGGGAUAGAGCUGACCUUUACAAAACAUACUUACUAUUUUGUCUAACAGGUGAAGUGACCAGGAUUCCUUUUGGAGCCCAAAUCACCACAAAGAAGGACGAUUCUGAGUAUCUGUUGUUGAACCAACUUGGGGGCAUACUCGGUUUGACUGACAAAGAGAUUGUUGAAGUACACAGGGGUUUAGCUGAACAGGCUUUCAGGCAGGAAGCUGAGAAUCUUCUGGCUGAUGGACAAUUGACAAAACAGAGGAUUGAGCAGCUGAAUGAGUUGCAGAAGAGCGUUGGUUUGCCACCUCAAUAUGCACAAAAGAUCAUAAAAAGCAUCACCUCUACAAAAUUGUCAGCAGCUCUUGAAACUGCUGUUGGUCGGGGGAGGCUUAGCAUAAAGGAAAUUAGAGAACUGAAAGAAAAUGGAGUUGAUGUAGACAACAUGAUCUCUGAAAGCCUACGAGAGAAUCUCUUCAAAAAGACUAUUGAUGAUAUUUUCUCGUCUGGUACUGGUGACUUUGACGAAGAGGAAGUGUAUGAGAAAAUCCCCAAAGAUCUCAAUAUUGACGCCAAGAAGGCCAAGGGAGUUGUGCAUGAACUUGCUCGGAAUAGAUUAUCGAAUUCACUUGUUCAGGCAGUGGCGCUACUGCGACAGAGGAAUCAUCAAGGAGUUGUUAAUUCUCUCAAUGACUUGUUAGCCUGCGAUAAAGCCGUACCCUCAACCCCAUUGUCAUGGGAGGUGCCCGAGGAACUGGCUGAUCUGUUCCUCAUAUACAUGAAAAAUGACCCAGCAGCUGAUAAGGUGGCCAGAAUACAGUAUCUACUGGAUAUCAGCGACUCAACAGCAGAAGCUUUAAAAGCUGUUAAAGAUAAAGGAUUACCAAAUGGAGCAACAACUGAAGAAGAGUUUGUAUUCUAAAUUUGACAUUUUAGUUAGUUCAACUCCAAUAGUUUGCUUUCCAGCUUUGGUUUUGAGAGUGUUGAUGUGUACCAAUUUUGUCUAAUAUUAUUACUGUGGAACAUGUUAAGCAGGAUGGUUGAGUGAAAUAUUGAUAGAUCUCUACCGCUAAAAGCGGCUGCAUAAAGCAUCUGUUUGAGUUGAAAAUUUGCUCAGAACAUUGAUGGUGAUAUCUAUGGUUUUGUAGAAAUUUCAACUGAAGUUUCGCGUAUUCUGGCAAUCUUGAAAGCAAAAUUUCCUUUGUGGUUUUA